AGAAAAGGAAAGAAGAGCUGCAGCACCAAAAACAAAAGCAAAUAAGGUCCCAAGACUCCCAACCACUGCCAUCUCCAUGUCUCCCUACCUCCCCCAAAUAAUUUGUCUUGCAAACAAGUGCGCUCUCUCUCUAGCGGGAGUCUUCUGAUCUCUCCCCAUAUCCUCUCACAAUUCCCAACACCGAGAAAUCACCAUGCAUAUAUGUCCUCUCUCAUCUCAUCACAAUGAUUUCGCCCAGAAACUCACAGAGAUGCUCUGCUAGCACCUGAACACUCGGUCUCAGACUGAGGUAGCUAACAUCUGUCUCCGACUCUCCGUUUCUCCCUCUUCCGUUGCUGCUGCCAAGAUUCGAGCUGGGAGGCAAUGGCCUCUUCACCUCUUGCAAUUACGGGGACACAGCCUACUUGGGUCCCCUAUGAGCCAGCCAAAGAUUGUUCUCAGGGCCUGUGCAGCAUGUAUUGCCCCCAGUGGUGCUACUUCAUCUUCCCUCCGCCGCCGCCCUUCGAUGUCGGCGGUCCCGGCCCUGACGACUCCUCCGGUCCUGUCUUCUCCCCUCUUGUCAUCGCAAUCAUCGGUGUACUGGCCAUCGCCUUCCUCCUUGUCAGCUAUUACACUUUCUUCUCCAGGUACUGUGGCACCUUCGGCUCUUUCCGGGGUAGAGUUUUUGGCUCUAACUCAGCCAGUGAUGCCCGCAGCGGCGGCCACAGACAGUCGAGGAGUCAAGAAUCUUGGAACGUCUCUCCGUCGAGUGGUCUGGAUGAGACCUUGAUCAGCAAGAUCACCUUGUGCAAGUACAAGCGCGGUGAUGCCUUCGUCCACACCACGGAUUGUUCAGUCUGCCUGGGCGAGUUCAGGGAUGGGGAGAGCCUCCGGCUGCUACCCAAGUGCAGCCAUGCCUUCCACCAGCAAUGCAUUGAUAAGUGGUUGAAGUCACACUCCAAUUGCCCUCUCUGCCGCGCCAACAUCACGUUCGUCACCGUGGGGUUGGCGACGCAGGAGCCAGAGAGCUGUGGUCCAGGCGAGAGUGGGAGAGACACCCAUGAGGUGGUUGUGGUGAUGGAUGACUUGGAAAUCAUGUGUGGAGAGCAGCAGAAUGUGGAGAGCAGCACCGAUAGUGAUGAUCAAGAAGCAAAUGGUGGCCCAGAAGGACUGGACGAGGCUGACAGCAAGGCUGAGAUCAGAGAAGAAGGAUUGCCGCCGAAGAGGGGGCCCUCGUCAUCAGACCCCAACCGCGACAGCCGCAUGUCCAUUGCUGACGUGCUGCAGGCCACCAUGGAAGAUGAGCUCAUGGCAGCCAGGGAGAGUGGCUUCCUUGCAGGUGGCGCCGGCUCAUCAAGACGGUGUCAUGGCGAGAACAGCAGGGAAUGGGGCCGCAGCAGUUGGCGUGCAUUACAGGAUGCCAUGGAUUCUGUGCCGAUGAAGAGGUUGCCACCUGCUGGGCGGUCGUGCUUCAGUAACAAGAGUGGAAGGGGAAAGGAUUCAGAUCUUCCGAUGUGAGCUGUCAUUUCUGAGUUUCAGAUUUCACCUAGGAUACGGGACAAGCUGCUUUCUUGUUUGUUUGGAAGAUGGAAUGUGAACGGAAAAAGCAAUGGCUGCCUUCGUAGUUUUUUUUUCCCGAACAAAUGCCACCAUCAUAGUUUGGAUGUGCCGUCUGAUACUCUGAUGGUAAUGUUCAUCACUACAUGUGAUGCCGCGGCCAAAUAGUUUGUGUGCAAUUCUUGGUGAGGUCUCUCUUCUGCUGCUAGUUUACUAGCCCUUUGAUCAGUUCGGUUUUGCUCUUCCACCUUAUUACGGAGUCCCAUGUUCCAUUAUUUCAGUAGAUAUGUUCUUACUGUGUGAGUUCAGUUUUUUUUUCCCGGAGCUUUUAUUGGAGGAUUUUUGACGGGAUACGACGGCGGGGUUCGAAACCCCAGCGGGCUGGGCUCACGCCUAAAGCUCUGCCACUGGGCACCAUGCCCGUUCGCUGCUCUGUGAGUUCAGUAACAAGCCAACAGUUUUCUGCCGCCUUCAAGACAAAGUAGUAUUGCUGAAGUUUCUAUGACAGAAACGCCGCUGGAAUCUCUGCAAGUAGGUGAUGGCCUGGAUAACAUGUGUUUUUGAUAUUCCAAAGGUGUGGUUGGGGUUAGGUUGAUUUAAGAGGAGCCAUCAUUGGUCAUUGAGCUAUGGAAACUUUAUGCUGGGGCCACGAACCCUCGGUACUUGACUGUUUUGGUACCCAAACGACUCUGAUAUGUCACUGUGAACGUACAUACUAGACCAAACGACUCUGAUAUGUCACUGUGAACAUACAUACUAGAUCAAACGACUCUGAUAUGUCACUGUGAACAUAUCAUUGGUCUUGUUCAGAUGAACCUGACGGUUGGUCCUGUCAUUGGUAGUUCGAUCUUGUCCUUGGUCUUGUUCAGAUGAACCUGACGGUUGGUGGCA